AUGAUGGACGAAAGUAAAGAUGAUGUGAUUCUGUUUGAACAAGAUUAUCCUCGGCAAUCUUUUCUUCGCAAGAAAAUCAGCCUAACGGUCCCGGUGUGUAUUUUGUUAAUCGGCAUUUUUCUCUCAUCGGCAUUCAUUGUUUCCGUCAUUUCAUUCUAUUGGUCUGAUGGUGUUAUCUGCUAUGUGAAGGAUAGUGAACAAAACAAACUCGAACAACCGACUCCACGACCGAUUUAUUACUCUCGACCAAGACGCAGUGUAGUCGCGAAAAAAGCCAGCCUUCCAUGUAUGAACAUAGGCUGCUGCUCUAAUCUUAAUCCAGCAGCGCCAUGGAAAGAAAGCCGUUUACCUACAAAUCUGUACCCUGUUGAAUAUCAACUGAUGCUAGAGUUGUUUCACUUAAACGAAGAAAACGAUCAAUAUAGUGGAACAGUUGACAUUGUCAUUGAGGUUGAAUCGCCAACAUACGAUAUUAUCCUUCAUGGAGAUCUGUUAUAUUCGGAUGUCAUAGUUAGUCGACGUUCAAGUCCCGAUGAUGUACUAAUGAAUGUGAGCUGUAUGUUUUCAUAUCCGAAUACUCAAAUGUUGGUUAUACAUCUGACAGAAGAACUAAAAGUUGGUUAUACGUAUGAUGUUCGUAUCUCAUUUCUCCGUACGUUGAAUGUCCAUGGAACUGGCCUAUUCGAGAGUCAAUUCAACAAGGAUCAAUUUGGUUUUACACAAUCACGAAUGCUGCUAACACAUUUCGAACCAGUCCAUGCUCGAGAAGCUUUUCCAUGCUUUGAUGAACCUGGAUUCAAAGCCAAAUUUCAAUUGACAGUGAAACAUGAGAACAAUACUAAAAUCAUCAGUAAUUGGGAUGAAGAAGAGAGCUUCAGUGAACAAAGUUGGAUUCAAACUGAAUUUCAAACUGUCCCACCGAUCCCAACCGCACGGAUUGCAUUUGCAGUUAUUUUCACCGACGAUUUCAGCAGUAAAUCAGCCGAAGUAUUUCAUCCAGUAACAAAUCGCCGUAUUCAGAUCAAUCUAUGGGCACGAAAACCAUUCUUUGAAAAUGAAAAUGGAAUUUACGUUGAUGAACCAUUGACCAUGCUCAAAGACAUUCUCACCGCACUUCUCAAUGUUUUUCAAGAUAUUCAAAUUCCCAUUGUACCGAAUAAGAUUGAUGUUCUUGCAGUUCCAGAAUAUCCAUCCGAUGCUGUGUCCCAUUGGGGUUUACUUGUAUUCACUGAAUACGCACUUCUUCAUAACCAUAUGACAACAUCGGAAAUUGAACAUGAACGCAUUGCUUUAUUAAUGGCGAAAGAGCUAGCUGAACAAUGGUAUGGAAAUUCCAUUUCAUUCCAAUGGUGGACAGAUCUCUGGCUUCAAGAGGCGAUUGUAAAUUAUUUGAAAUAUCACGCUGUGCAUGCUGCCUAUCCAACUUGGAAUAUUCAUAAUCAAUACGCAGUCGAAGAGCUUCUCCCGGCUAUGUUUGAUGAUGGAAUGAGUACAUCGCAUCCAAUUCUUAAAUCUGUGAAUACACCAGCAGAAAUCGAUCAGUUAUUCGACAGUAUUGAAACAACAAAAGCGACAGCAAUAUUAAGAAUGGCUGAUUAUUAUAUGGAAAAAUCAACCGGUAUUGCAAAUAGUACUUUAUACAAUAUUGUGUCGUUUUAUCAUGAUCGUGAAUAUGGAUAUCUCAUUCCUGACGAAAUUCUCAGCAAAUAUCGAAUUGGUUCGUGGUCUGGUGUGGAUUUCUUUGAUCGUUGGCUAUACCAAUCGAAUUUCCCCAAAAUCUUUAUUCGUUUCAUUCAAAAUGCAUCCAAUGGUACGAAUGUUCUUUAUUUUCGUCAAACUCGAUAUCUGACCGCGCAUAUGUACGAAAAUGAUCUCUAUCCACCGGAAACUAAUCCAUUCGGUUACGUCUGGUACAUUCCAAUCACAUGUCGGUUCGGUAAUGAAUCCAACAACUUUCUAUUGACACGCACAUUCUAUCUCGAUCGAGAAGCGAUGAAUAUCUCAUUCGGUGCUGUGUACUAUAAUUAUUUCUACUGCAAUACCGAUUUUGCCGGUUAUUAUCUAAUCGAUUACACGAAUGAAAAUUGGGAAGCUCUAGCAGGAGAAUUGCUCAACAACAAUACUCAAUUACUUGAAAUUGAUCGAGCCAAUCUCAUCAAUAACGCUUUCUUGGGUGCACAAACGACAGAAGAAAGCUAUUCGAUUGUUCGAGAAAUUACACAAUAUCUACUUCGAACUCCAUAUACUGGCUUACUUUCAUGGCAAGCGUUGUCUUAUCAUGUCAAUCGAAUGUUAAAUGUUCUUGAAUAUGAAUCAGCCUAUGGUGUUGUUCAAAAAUAUUUUCAAUUGGUGGUGAGAAAUCACUAUGAUACGAACGAAGUUUCUCUUUGGGACGCGAAUGGAUCACCUUCUGAACAUAUUUUGAAGUAUAUCAUUAUUCAAUUAGCAUGCCGAGUACAAUUGAAUGAAUGCAUUGACAAAGCAACCUCAUUGUGGUAUGAUGCUUAUUCAUUACUUGAAGUCGGAAUGACUAAUCAUUCACUUCCUGCUCAUACACGAGAAGUUGUCUAUCGAACACAUUUUCAGAACACAUAUAACGAUAGUGAAUGGAUAUCGAUUGAAACUGACUUUCACAAGUUUUUCGACCUUCAAGAACGGUAUCGUUUACUCGAAGCGAUGACUCAAUCCCGUCAACCAUGGCAUCUGUAUCAAUUCUUCUACGAAGAUGCCGAAGAGAAUGAAGAUCGAGAUGUUGAUAUAUUGGAAGUAUUAUCAUUACUUGCACGAAAUCCUGUGGGUCGAGAGUUAGCUUGGUUGUAUUACCGAAGACAUUGGACAGACCUUCAAGCAGAUUACGGACGCACAAAUCAACGCUUAGGACAAUUACUGAUCGAUAUAACAGCUACAUUCGAAGAUGAAUUUCAUGAACUUGAAUUAAUUGACUUUCUUGCUUCAACACCCGGAGUCGAUGCAAAUGUUGAUGCACGUUUUUGGGCACUCGAACGUGCUAACAUGAACUUCUGGUGGAUUCUCGACAAUUCCGAUGAUAUGGUAGCCUCCUUCGAUCUUGAAACUUAA